ACUUCUCCGUUAUAUCCACUAGAAUCAUUUCAACCUCAUAAGAAACUCCACAAUACAACACAGCAUCCUCUCUCUCACUUUUAUUCUCUUUCUCUCUCUUCACUUUGCUUCAAUCUCUCUCUUUCUCUCUCGUUGUGUCUCAUGCUCUUCUCCAAAAACACCACCACCUUUUCCUAACUGUCUUGUUUUUUCCUUAUUUUCUUCGCAGCAAAUACACACAAAACAAUGUCAUCGCCGGGCUUCACCGGCGGUGGGGCAUCAGAUUUCUUCACCGGAGCAGUCCGAUCCAGCACCAUGAACACGAACCCCAGCGCCUCCGCCGUGGCAGCCAACAACCACCGGCACCUCCACCCUUCCCACCCCCUGUACCGAACCCAACAGCAGCUGCCCGCACUGUUUCUAGAUCCUUCCUCACAGAUCACGCCUCGCCACCAAACACCAACAACACAACCACCACCAACAACCCUCAUCGGUAAACGCACCCUCGCCGAAUUUCAAACCCAACAACAACAUAACCACCUCCUUAACAACCACAACCACAACAGCAAUAACAACCAUGUCCUCUCUAACCUCCUACUCCGCUCCGUUAAGCCAAGGACGGCGUCGUUUCACACAGGUUCCCCUUUGUCCCCUUUAUCGCCCAUAGACUUCUCAAUCCCUGAAUUGCAAAUCCCUUCCUCAACUCAUCAUGCCUUCCAAACGCAGCGUUUUGGCAUGCCUCUCUUCAACCAGCUUCGCCCUAACCCCAUUCACUCCAACAGCCUCCCCUUGCCUCCUCCCAACUCCAAUAAUCAUUUCCCCUACCGAUGCUCCAAUUUGAGUGGUUCCGUUUCCAACCGGGUCCAGCUCCCGCUCCCGGCCGAACCGGACAACAAGAUUAAUACGAUGGACCACAGGCUUCUGGAAUUGGAGAAGCAGCUUCUAGAAGACGAAGAAGAAGAAGCUGAAGCCGAUGCGGCUUCUGUGAUCACAACUAGCGCGUGGUCAGAGACCAUUCAGAAUCUCAUGGGAAACGGGUCCACACCCAAACCAGCUUCUUCGUCCCCUACAUCCUCAACAACGUCUUCAACUUCGUCUUCUUCCUCCGUGGCUUCCCCUGCCAUAGGGUGCUGGAAGCAGACGCUAAUGGAGGCCGCAUCUGCCAUAGCCGAAGGUAAACAAGAUUCUGCCACUGAGAUCCUGGCCAGGUUGAGUCAAGUUUCCAACCCGAAUGGAAAUUCGGAUCAAAGGUUGAUGGAUUGCAUGGUUUCGGCGCUCAAAUCGAGGGUAAACCCGCUGGAGAAUCCUCCUCCCGUGGCCGAGUUGUUCAGCAACGAACACGCCGAGUCGACUCAGUUGAUGUUUGAAAACUCGCUCUGUUUCAUGGUAGGGUUCAUGGCAGCCAACUUCGCAAUCCUCGAAGCUGCAUUUGAGAACAAAACGGAGCUGAAGAGGUUCUGCGUGGUUGAUUUCGAUAUAGGCCACGGGAAACAGUACGUGAGCCUUCUACUCGCGCUCUCCGCGCGUGGAAGAACCCCGCCGGCCAUGGUAAGGAUCGUGGCGGUGGCGGACACCGGCGGCCAAGAAGAGAGAUUAAAAUCUGUGGGCGAAAUGCUAGCAAGACAGGCAGAGAGGUUUAGGAUCGGAUUCGAGUUCAAAAUCGUUCAGGUCACUCAGCGAUUCUCCGAGUUGACCCGCGAGUCGCUUGGAUGCGACGCGGAUGAGUUUCUAGCUGUGAACUUCGCUUUCAAAUUGAACCGAAUCCCGGACGAGAGCGUGUCCACGGAGAAUCCACGCGACGAGCUCUUGAGGCGCGUGAAGUCACUCUCGCCGCGCGUGGUUACAAUCAUCGAACAGGAAAUAAACGCGAACACGGCGCCGUUUCUGGCGCGCGUGGCCGAUUCGUGUUCGUAUUACGGCGCGCUCUUCGACUCAGUUGAGUCCUCACUCGGCAAGGACAACAAUGGUAACUCCGAGCGAGUCAAGGUGGAGGAAGGACUGAGUCGAAGGGUUUGCAACUCGUUGGCGUGUGAAGGCAGAGACCGCGUGGAGCGUUACGAAGUUUUCGGAAAAUGGCGGGCACGCAUGGGAAUGGCGGGGUUCAAGUCCAAGCCACUGAGUCAGAACGUGGCCGAGUCGAUCAAGUCACGACUCGCCCAGAGCAACAAUUGUAACACCCGAGUCAACUCGGGACUCACCGUUAAAGAAGAGAACGGUGGGAUUUGCUUUGGAUGGAUGGGGAAAACUCUCACCGUCGCUUCUGCUUGGCUCUAACUUCCUUCUCUCUCUUAUUAUUAUAUUUUUUUCUCUUUAUUUUCUUCUGAAUAUUAUAAAUAUAUAUAUCUCUCUCUCUCACAUUGUUACUAUAUAUCUUAACGUUAUCUAGAGAUAAUGGAAAGGCAAAUAGAAUAGAUUUGGAAAAUUAUAAAUAUAUGUUAGUUAUUUUGUAUUAUUAUUGUUAUGAA